UGCAAGAAUAUUUUACUAACUGCUGAAAUCAAAAGCAUCCACACAUAGAUACAUGUCGUCAAAAUAAAUUACUUUUAGAUUCAGAACAACAAAAUUGUGAGGAUUAUGAUUUAAUAUGUGAUAUACACAACGAUAAUCUAAACGACGAUGAUAAUGACUAUUUACAAGACAAACAUGCAGAUCACCAUUUGUGCAUUUGUCCAACAGAACAUCGACCAUAUAAGUCAAAAGCCACCGGCUGGUCACUUGAAAAAGCUCUUAAAACAACUUUUGAUAAAGCACUAAAUAAAGAAUUAACUGUCAAUUUAUGGUCUUGUGGUUUAGGCGAAAAAUUAAAAACAUGGGAAACAGAAGAAGAUAAAAUUACACGUGCAGAAAUGAUUAUCUAUGCUAUAAACGAUGUCUUCGUUCCCACCCAUUUGUAUUUCUUUUUAAAAACUCCAGAAUAUUGCUUCACUUCACACACAUCUACGUCAACAACAAUGAUUGAAAAACCCCAUAUAUUCUUAUUAGCCGAUAGUCAUGGAAGAAACAUUCAUAAACGUCUACCAUCAUCAUGCAAUUACCAGUUCGAUAUUGAAUGGCAAUCAGGAAUGAAAUGGGUAGACAAUUAUCAGGAAAACAUGUCAGCAAUAGAUGCCCUUACAACAGCAGCCGUGUCUUCCCAAACUUUCAACGUGCAUUUACUUGAUCCACAAAUUCAAUUACAUCAUUUGAAUAGUGAUGGUAUUCAUAUAGACGUUUUAUAUCAAGAUCUAUUAUUCAACGCAAUAUUUCAUCAUUGUAAAUCUUUAACUUCGCAUACCAUAACAGUAACAGAACACCCCCAAAAUGCUUUAAAUCAUUCUACAUUAGACGAUAAUGUAAAUUCUAAUAACCUUAUUGAUACAGCAACAGCAACACUCAUAUCAUCAACAACUACAACAUCUUCCAAUGAAAUCAAUACAGAUCAACAACAACAGCAACCACCGAAGGAAAAAACGAAAGCAGUACGUACUGCUGAACAAAAGACGGUCCGAAAUAGAAAACGACAUGAAAGAGCAAAAGAGCAUCUGCUAGAAAAUUCAAUUUCACGUACAAUAUGUAAAGGUCGGAGUAUGAAAUUAAUAAAAGCUAUCUUAACACAUUAUGGCAUCAGUUCGUACCAUACCCCAAAUCCACAAAAAGGAAAACUAGAAAUAUGUUUGAAAACACAAGAAGAAUCCCAUCUCGCCAAUCAUCAGUUACCAGAUGAUGCAUUUAAGGAAGAAAAUUUAACAGAAUGGUUAGGCAAGCAACAACCAGAACCAGAACCAGAACUAUAA